GUCUUUUCCUCUUUGGUGUCUGUUCCCUCGUUUCCUCUCACCUUCUUCGUCGAUGACAUCCCCAUCCAUUUAAGAGGAUGAUUGGGCACUGAGGAGAGACUGCACGAAACAGAACGGCGGCGGGGGUGAAGAGAUCAGAAGAGAUGGAGGUGGCGGUUCCGGCGGCAGACGUCCACUUCGACAGCGCGUGCACCACCCCGUACGUGAGCGCGCCGUCGAGCCCCAAGCACCACGCCUCCGGCGACCCCUUCGACCUGUUCCGCCGCUACACCAGCGCUCCCACCAGCCCCACCCGCGCCUCCUUGAUUUAUGCGCACUUCGACGCCGUCGCCUCCGCCAAUUCAACUCCUCCGCUCGCCUCCUCCGGCAUCCCCUUCCGCUGGGAGGAGAAGCCCGGCACGGACAAAGAGGAGGAGGAUGGAGAGUUCGCCUCCGACGGGGGCUACGAAUUCUCCUUCGACUUCAGCGGCCAUCUUGACAAAGACGGCCUUCCGGCGCUCACCGCCGCUGACGAGCUCUUCGAGGAAGGGAAGAUCCGGCCGCUCAAGCUCCCUCCUCGCUUGCACUUCCCGGAGGGCGCCGGAGAGGGGAGCAGCAGGGUCUCCUCGCCUGCCUCGUCGAAGGGAUUAUGGUCGCCCCGCCACCGAAGCAGAGUGGUGGCGCGGGAAGAGCGCCACUCGAUGGUGGAGGCCACGAGGGAGCGAGGGAGGGAGAGGGAGAAGGCGCCACUCGAUCCCCUCCCUUCUUUCUCUUUCUCAAGAAACCGGAAGGGAUCGAGAUCGCUAUCUCCCCUCAGAGGAGAAGGGGGCUUCUCCUUUAAGACGACGACGAUGAUUCCCGACUCCCCUGCCUCCACCGCUCCGGCGGCGGUUCCCCUGAAGAGCGUCAACGGGAGCAAGAAGUGGCGGUUGAAGGACUUGCUCCUGUUCCGCAGCGCGUCCGAGGGCCGCGCCACCGGGAACCGGAGCAAGGACCCGCUGAGCAAGUACACUCUGUCGCCGUCGCUAAGCAACAAAGUCGAUAUUUCGGCGAAAUUGGAUUCGAAGAAUUCGAGCUCCCGGUCGUCGACAGGUGGGUCGAUGAGGAGGGUGGGCGCGUUCUCGCACGAGAUGCACUACGCGGCGAACAGGGCGGCGGCGGAGGAUCAAAGGAAGAAGACGGCGUUGCCCUACCGGCAGAGCCUUUUCGGCUGCCUGCGCUUCAACCCGGCCUUGCUCAGUAUUACCAAGGGAUUCGGCAGCCACUCUUUCGCCCGGCAGUGAUAACCGGCGGCGGUGGAAGGCGGUGGUGAUGACGUAUCUGUUUACGCGCGUAUUAUCUAUCAUUCAUUAAUUUGUUAAAUCCCAAAUCAAAAUUCUGUUGUACAAUUAGGAUGGUGUGUGUCCAUAGAUCUUUACUUCUAUCCGAAUCAAAUCUUAUCUCAAACUUAGUCCAAGUUGAUCAAUUUCAAUGCGAAAA